AUGGACAACGGCAUUAUAAGUAACCCCGAACCCCCAUCAGGUGCGGACGACCCGCUUGUAAACGCGUCGACGCAGCAGCAAAACGCUUCCACGACUGCAGCUGUUCCCGAAGUGGUUGCAUCUGUUACUGAUGCUCCUCCUGAAGCCACGACUGCAGCUGCUGCAGCGGUAGCAGCGACUGACGCUACAACCGUUGAUGCGAAUAUGGCUGGACCAGACGCUAAAAGCAAUUUUGAAGUUCCAGUAGGCGGUGAAACUAACUCUCGUGUCGGCGAUGAAACCAAGUAUGACGGUGAUGCUAAGGUCGAUGCUAGUACUGUAGCUGGCCUAGUAGUGCAUGACCCGGCUAGUACCGGAGAGAAGACCGAUACCGGAAAUAAUACCGAUGCGGCUGCUGUUGAAGCGGAUGCUCCGCCAAAGACCGAUACGGCUGCUGUUCGGGAUAAAGCUGACGACAACUCUAACCCCGGUAAGGCGGGUGAUAAUGAGCCUCAGGCUGAGGCCGACGCUGCAGUCACUGACGAUCCGUGGGCUGUAGACAUCGAUCCACCCGCAACAAUCGUCGAACCGGCCGUUACAUCUGUCCCACCAGCCGCUACACAGGGCGUGGAUGGCGGGGAGGGCGAAAAGGAUGGAGAAGACGGGGACGUGGAUAUCAUGGAUGUAGAUGGCAGUGCGCCGGUCGCCGGAGGUGGUGCGUCGCUUGCCGGAGGUGGUGCUUCGAUGAUACAAGGGAAUAAGGAUGCUGCUCCUGCUGGUGCUGUGUUCUUGGGGCGUCUCGUUCGGAAGAGCUUCGGCGGCGUGCCGUACCUUGGGAGAGUGUUCCACUACGACCGCAAGGAGAAUUGGUACAAGGUUCGCUAUGAGGAUGGUGAUGCGGAGGAUCUGGAGGUAGCUGAGGUGGAGCGGUUGCUAUUAUCGGAAGAUGAAGAGAAGGCUGCUAAAGCGGACAUCGAGACCUGCGAGGGCUAUUUUGCCAGCGGAAACGGGAGUUACCCAGGAGAUGAUGCUGAUUGGUCCGCGUCAGGCGAUUGGGGGGCUGGUGGUAUGAUGGGGGAAGGAGAUGGAUGGAUGAUGGGAGCACAUGGGGCGCAUGGAGUGGUUGGGAGGGGUAAUGGUGUGGCGGAAGCGGUGGUUCCAGGGCCAGGCGCGAAGGUGGUGGGGAAGAGCGUGCUUAAGGAUUUUGAAGGAGUGCUGACUGAGGGGAAGAUUACCGCGUUUGAUGAAGAGACAAAGAAAUACACGGUGGAAUAUGAAGGCACGGAGCAUUCAUUGCUAGAAGUGCUGGUGUGGAAGGGCGUGGAGAGCAUCUUGGUGAUUGGAGAGGAGAACUACAUGCCAGAGGAGGAUAUGGAGGACGAAGAGGAGGCGAUUGAGGAGGAUAAGUCAGGGGAGAAGGUGGUUCCUCCUGUGGUAGAAACUCAAGAACCAAGGGUCGUUGUGGGAGGGGCUUUAGGCGUGACUGAAGCAGCGGCGCCUCAGGUGGAAGCAGCGGCGCCUCAGGUGGAAGCAGCGGCGCCUCAGGUGGAAGCAGCAGCGCCUCAGGUGGAAACAGCAGCGCCUCUGGUGGAGAAAACAGCACCUCAGGUGGAAACAGCAACACCCCAGGUGGAAACAACAGCACCUCAGGUGGAAACAGCAGCGCCUCAGGUGGACACAACAGCGCCCCAGGUGGAAACAGCAGCAGCUCAGGUGGAAACAGCAGCACCCCAGGUUGAAUCAACAGCACCCCAGGAGGAACUGACAGUAUCUCAGAUGGAAGUAACAGCGUCACAAAUGGAACUGACAGCGUCUCAAAUAGACAUGGCUUUUGAGGCGACUCGUAUGGAGGGGAUGGAGUCACACAACCAGCAGGCAACUGAUAUGGAGGGGACAGUAUCACAUAUCAAAGCAGCUCAUAUGGAGGUGACAGAGUCACAAAUCGAGGCAGCUAAUAUGGAGGUAACAGAGUCGCAGAUUGAUGAAACCGCGUCGCAGUUUGAGGUAACCGCGUCGCAGAUUGAGGUGGCGAAUGCAGUGAUGGAGGAGAUGGGGAUGGAUGAGGCGACUGUGGUUGUGGCCACUGGAACAACUUCUGAGCAUUCUGGCAGUUAA